AUGGCGGACCCUUUCGAGGUUCGAAUGCGCUUCAGCAGCUCACUGCAGCACCUGAAUGCGUCCGUCACUUCUGCUCAGAAGGCGGCCCAGUAUGCCCUCAAGUACAAGGAUAUGGACGAGGAUCUACACUCUUGUAUUCUGGAGCAGUUGGAGCGGAACAAUAUGAAUACGCGCGCCAACAUCAUGUACUUCAUUGAGCAUUUCCUUGAGAUGGCCCAAAAGGACAAGCACAUGGACUACGUCCGCAUGAUGCAGCGCGACAUCAUUCGCAUCGUCGACGCCGUUGCUCCCGAUGACGGAUCCGGCGCUGCCAACGUCAAGGUCGUCCGAAGAGUCCUCCGAGGUCUCCAAGACAAGGACUUCCUCGAAGCUCGCACAGUCACAGAGAUUGAAGAAGUCCUCAAGGAGCGCGAGACGAGCGCCCACGACGCGGGCCUCUCGUCCCCCGUCAACGGCGACGUCGAGAUGGGCGACGCGCCUCCUAGCCACGCGAUACCGACUAAUGGUCGCGGGGGAGCCCCGCGCCUGGAGAAGCGCCAGAUUGAGCAGCGCAUCGAGGAGGACCGCGAGCGCCACAAGCGGCUGCGGGAGAGCAUAUGGGCUAUCCCGUCGCAAGGGAACGCCGAGGUUGACAAGAUUUGGGAUGAGACGAGCGAUUUUGGGGAUGACGACCAUAUCCUGGGCGAGGAGGAGUUCGCCGAGUGCUCUCAGGCUAUGAAGCACUCGUGUCCUCAUAAGCCGCCGGUCGGUCCUGCUAGUACGCGCAUUGCGAAUGGGAAGAAGAAUUGA